GUGUUGUAUGUGCUCGAAAAAAGCCAAGAGAACGAAGGAUCUACGGCCUAAGAGACUGCCGAAAUAACUCAUCUGCACUCACUCUGGGUCUUUAUUUCCACCAUUUGAAGGCGUAUCUUCAGGGACCAAUUGAUUGGCAUAUCCUGGCACGAGAAUGGCAUGCACACUUAGCCAUUAGUCCGCUAAGUAGCUGCCGGAGGGGAACCCGACACGCUUACCGCAUCAGGUUUCAUCUGCAGAAAGGGAUCCAAGGGAUCCAAGGGAUUAGUCCCUCGCCACUUCGUGACUGCGUACAACUGUUGCAGUUUCGAAGCUAGUGUCGUAACCGUGCUGUGCCUUGGCUGGAUAAUAUGUCGGGGAAGCGACGGCCGUCUUUCGUGGACGGCUACCUCGUGCAGCGACUGCGAGAGCACAGCAGGGAGGAGGAGACCUACAGCCACAGCCAGCCCGCAUCCACGCUGGACGGCGAGAGAUAUGGCUCCAGACACGAAGGUCUCUGGGCUAAACCAGGCUCCAUCAUCCCCCAGUCUGAUCUUUUGUUAGCUCCCAAAUCAGAGGGUCCCACUCUCCACUCGCUCACGGCAGCGAGAAAAGGCGGAAGAAUCUCGACACAGUCCAAUGAAUCCACACUCCUUAAGAAACGCUAUCGAUACAACGUCUCAGUCCCGGUGGCUGCGAAAAUCACUGCCGAUACCAGUGCUCCAACACAUAAAAAGAAAGCUUCUCAUUUGCCCCCCAGUUCACCAUCUGCCAGUGGGAGAGGCUAUAGAAAAAUCAGGAGAGGAUACUCAACAAUGAAAAAUUCUCCUCCCUUUCUCAACGGCCUCUCGUGUGGCUCUGGAAAGAGGUCCUCAAGUUUGGGCGGAGUCAGUCGAACCACACCCGUGGGCGUGUCACGUCGAAAUCAUGAUUUCCCCCUCCCUCUCGUGGGUCAAAGGUCAGAUGAGUUACAGAGGGGAAAGUCACACGAGCAAGAUUACUUGAAACGACCGAGUCAUUGUAAUGUUUCUCAAUUGAGAAUUGGAGAAAAGGGUGACGUGAAAUUGCCGCCAAGUCGACUGAAGAAGUCGUAUUCUGCUGGAGCUGGAGUGGGCGGGGCUAGCGGGUGGGGGUGUGACGGUGUGAGGGGGUGGAGGAGUGCAUGUGAGGACACACGGGAAGACUUGGUGGCUACUUUGGCAGAGGAUUCUCUCAGUAUUGAAGAUGCCACGGAUGAGAGUGUAGCAGAGACAGAGGGAGAGGCCGUGGCAGGUCUGGGGGAAGAGGGAGUUGGCUUUUCCGUCGAAGACCUCACUGAUCUUGAAGAAGAUGGUGACACCACCACUGGUACAGCGAGUCCUUCAGCUGUGGACUAUCUACCACCUUACCCUCUGCCUUGUGACUCAGAUUUGGCCACAUAUUCACUGAUAAAGAAAGCCAGUCAGCAACUUGAGCUGCUCUCAAUUGCCAGUGACUCUGGAGGCAGCUCAUCCAGUGACACAUCUCAUAGUCCUGAUUUGCCUCGGUCCAGACGACACCGGAAAACCAAACGUACCAGUAGUGGACCAAACCGAACCACGCCUGCUCAAGGACUGGCAAAAACAGACCACACUGAACAACAAAAGUUCGACCAGAGACAUAAUGAGAGACCAGAUCUCGCUGGGCCUUCAACCAUUACCGAAAUAGAGGCCAUGGCUCUCAGAGAAAAGAUAGCUCCUCCUCUUCCUUCUCCUCCCCUCACUCCUAGUCUUUUCCCAUCCCUGGGGCCUACCAUACAUUUCCCCAUGCCCAAUGAACCAUACACUCCCCUGCCACCUGACCUCAUCAGUCAACUAAAGUGGAAGAUGUCGACCAUUACGCCAAACAUCAUCAAAAACUGCAUUGCCAGAGUGGGAUUUACACCAUGCACCAAGGACAGAGGCUGGCUGGGUUACUGGGGCAAACACAUGCGGUCUGGGGCCUUCAGAGCAGUCCAGGGACACCAGAAAGUCAACCACUUUCCCGGCAGUUUCGAGAUUGGCAGAAAAGACAGACUAUGGCGUAACCUCUCGAGAUUACAAAGCAGAGUGGGAAGAAAAAAUCUUGAUUUUGUUCCGUUGACGUUUGUCCUCCCUCACGACCUGCGGUUGCUGAAGAGAGAGUGGGAGACGAAGGAGUCCAGCAGUAGACAGAAAUGGAUCCUCAAACCACCUGCAGCUGCACGUGGAAUUGGGGUCAGAGUUAUCCACAGGUGGAGCCAAAUACCCAAAAAGAGACCUGUCAUUGUCCAGAAGUACCUAGCUGACCCACUGUUAAUCGGAGGAAACAAGAUCGAUCUGAGAGUCUAUGUCUACGUGUCGUCCUACGACCCACUAAUGAUAUAUGUGUUCCCCGAUGGUCUUACUCGAUUCGCCACCUGCAAGUACUCUUCAUCAACGCGUUCGUUGUCAAAUCGAUUCAUUCACCUGACUAACUAUAGUGUAAACAAGAAGAACUCACAAUUUUCUCAAAACUCUGACGAAACCGCAUGCCAGGGCCACAAAUGGGGCCUGCUAGCUCUGUGGAAGUAUGUGAGCUGCGAACUUGGUACUGACACUAAUGCUGUGUGGAGGUCGAUAGUAGAACUGGUCAUCAAGACUAUCAUUUGUUCAGAGCCACACUGUUCAACUCUGGUGAAAACCUACGUACAAAACAGCUAUAGUUGUCACGAGCUGUUUGGAUUCGACGUGAUAUUGGAUCGAAAACUGAAGCCUUGGCUUGUCGAAGUCAACAUAUCUCCGAGCCUCCAUUCGAACUCAAAGCUAGACGUCAACAUCAAGGGUCAAUUAGUCAGGGACUUACUCAACAUUGCAGGGUUCAAACUACCCGCCACAGCAGAAAGGACAGCACAGUGUGGAUUGACUGUGGAAGAUAAACAGAAGCACUCACAUUUUCUCCAAAGAAAUCUCCCAGAGCAUGAGAGGAGGAAGAUUCUCGAUAGGCUGACUCCUGGGGAUAUUGCUGUUAUAAUGAAGGCAGAAGACGAGUUCGCAAGACGAGGAAUGUUUGAAAGGGUGUACCCAACUCACGAGUCUGGAAAAUAUAGGAAAUAUUUUGAGUCUGAAGUAAGUUUCUGAAUGUAAAACUUCAACAUGGCUUGUUAAUUAAUUUGUCACUUCAGAAAUACAACAACAUUCUCCUAGAACAAUGGGUGAUGAAAUAUCAACACUCCAGAGAUAGAGGUAUCGAGUUGCUACGAAAACUAUCAUGACCAUCACGAUGCAGUCUGAAGAAAUAUUAUGCGCAUGCGCAAUAUGCGUAGGAUAUAAAACGCGGAGCGCGGCGUAGAGAACGCUUUUGGGAUCGGAUUAUGGAAGAAGGCGGCUUGGAGUGUUACACGUGCGUGCUGUGCAACGAAUUUCUGGUGGAAACUCCGCGACAGGCGCCCUGCGGGGAGCGUCUCUGCAGUCCAUGCUGGAGGGAGCAUCGAAACAGCGGCGAGAGCUUGAAGUGCCCGAAAUGUGGAGAAAAGAUUGUACUUCAAGAGUGUUUUCCCGACAAGGCCUUGCAACAGGAGCUGACGAAGUUGGUCCUCAGGUGCGGCAAUAAAGACUGCUCAUGGAAGGGACUGCUCAACUCAUACAAAGUACGUCAUAGCUAGUAAUCAUGCCGCUCUAUUAGUCUAUUAUGAAGAAGGGUAUACCCCUGAUACCUACAGCUCUUAACAUAGGGUACUUCCCAGGGGUAAGCCCUCGCUGUGUUUUUCAAGCGACUGAUCCAUGAACUAAAACAAUGGCAUCACCAGACCGGGUGUCUCUCCCAUUGUUCUUGUUCCAAGGCCCACAGAGCAGUUUGCAGACACGAGCCACUGAAGUGUGUGAACGGGGAGUGUAGACAGGUAGUCAAGAGAGAAGACAUGGAGGAACAUGUGAAGACUUGUGUUUACUCUCAAAUUCCUUGCAAAGGGUGCUCCAAACCAAUCCCCAAAUGUCACAUGGAGGAGCAUAUGGGACAGGUGUGUGAGCAGGUGCUGGUGAGCUGUCCAGAGGGUUGCGGGGAAAUGAUCCUUCGUGGGAGACUCAAAGAACACUAUCACAGUAAGUGCUCACAGUAUGUCAGGCUCUGUUCAUUUGAGGACCUCGGAUGCUCUGCAAAGGGUAACUCCCAGCAAUUAUCAGACCAUAUUACUGGUUCCACGUCAGAGCAUCUGAAUCUACUGAAGACUACUAUAGACAAAAGGGGAAAGGACGUUACGAUGGAAUUAGAAGAAUUACGAGUAAAAAUUAAGGAAAUGGAGCUUCGUAUAACGGAGGGGAAGAGUAGUGAAUCCCUGAAAAGUAUGGUACAGAGUGUGAUGAAGCUAGAGACGGCCAUCCAGCAGCUGCAGGAUGGAUUUGGAGAGAUGGCACUGCUGGUGCAGACGCUCCAGGCCACCAGCUACAGCGGAAUCUUCAUCUGGAAGAUCCCGGAAGUCACUCGCAGGAGGCACGAGGCUCGGGUGGGCCGCACCCUCUCUCUCUACUCCGCCCCCUUCUACACCAGUCGCCACGGCUACAAGAUGUGUCUGAGGCUGUACAUGGCGGGGGACGGGAGCGGGAAAGGCAGCCACCUCUCCUUCUUCCUGACGGUCAUGAGAGGGGAGUUUGACUCCCUCCUGCGCUGGCCCUUCAGACAGACGGUGUCCCUGAUUCUCCUGGACCAGGACCGACAGAGAGACAUUGUCCAGUCCUUCAGACCGGAGCCCUCCUCCGCCUCCUUCCAGAGACCUCGGCUGGAGAUGAACGUGGCAUCCGGCUGCCCGGCAUUUGCUCCUCUCUCUGUCCUAGACAACUCGUCCUACGUCAAGGACGAUACUCUCUUCCUCAAAUGUGCCAUUGACAGAACUGGGUUAGAUGCUUACUAAUAAAAAUAAAAGUGCAAACCCUCGGCGAACUGCGCAUGCGCGAUACUGCUAAUUUCCUAGGGCUCGAUUCGGAGGGAAAAUGGCGAACGUCUCCUCAUAAAACUUCGUCUGUUUUAUGGACAUGAGGUAUCGUAUCGCUCUACCCUCUGUGCUCCAGUGUCAUUGACCAGCAGUCAGAAAAUAUGGCUGUCAUUUGCCGAAAUUACGAGUCAUCGACCCAAGUUUCAGCUGUCCAGCAGAGCGUGGGCUCUAUCUGGUCGCCAGGCGCCAGAUUAUGCUCCGGUUGGAGUCAGAGUGGGGGCUCUAUCGUAUUUCCGAUUAUCUGGACUUCAGAUUUCACUUUGACUGUUUGACUGCCCCUAGGGUCCUACAAAAUGAACUUUGAACUUUGAA